AUGCUUAAAUUUUCUCUCGAAGUGCACUGAAUAAAACCAUCAAAAAUUUGUUCAAAAAACCGUUAUUCGUAUUCAAUCUCUAAGUACUUGAUCAUCGACAUGGUAAAUUUCAAGAAAAACUUUUUUGUGUAAACCUUGUUUUUACUAUCCUUUACAUAUUUAUACUCUAACCCUUCAGAAUUUGAUUCCAUCUUCUCAUAAACUCUCUAUAUCUUCAUCAAACCUCAUUUAAACACAAAAUACUAGCAUUUCUUAUAUUCUUUAUCUUCUUCCUCCUCUUUAUUAAUGUCUCAUAAACCGCAUUCUUUGUAGCUGAUCCAUCAUCUUCAAAUUUUUCACAAAAACAGAGAAUUUAUGGUAGGGUUGAUUAUUUUAGCAGGGUUCAACUAAUUGUCUGGCUCCAGCUAAGAAUCUUAAGAAAUGGGAUAAAACAGCCCAUCAAAAAUUCAUACCUACCAAUAAAUCAAAUCCCAACCAAAAUUCAUACCUCUCAGAUUUUCAUAUUUUGUG